CUAACCUAGUGCGUAUGAUAGCCCGAGUACGUCGUAACGCCCCUCCAAUGGGCCAGAAACAUCACCGAUGCUGCAAAGACCGUUCCUCAUUGCUAGGGCACCUUACUAAUCAAGAAACCUAUGAAGUACAUUACCGUACCGCUCGCUCCUAAGGUACAGAAGGGAAAAUAUCUUCCAUCCUCAACUUGCGUUCGCGUCUUUCUCCUUUAUUAUAUUCACCGUCGUUACUGCAACGAAUUCCAAGUUGUCCCAACGCCAAUGUAGCGGGAAGCAAAGAAGGGCUGGAGCUCUGCUUCAGCUCGCCUUGACGAUCACCAGACACGACGAAUACAUCAUCAGGCAAUGGGUUCCCUGAACAUCUUCCUUGUCCGUCAUGGAGAAUCGGUAGACAACGUCGCCGGCAUAUAUGCAGGCAUCCGGGACUCCCCGCUCACCGCCCACGGUGUCCUCCAAACCCGCCGUCUAGCCUCCCAUCUCGCGACCCUCACUCCCCGCCCCGCCUGGAGGGUCACGCACAUCUUCACCUCGACGCUGCAACGCGCAAUCCGCACCGCCGAAGCCAUACGGGACGCCCAGUCCGAGCGCUCCACGAGUGAGCCGCCGGUUCCCGAUAUCGAGAUCAGACAGCUGCCCGACCUGCGCGAACGGGAUUUCGGAUCCGACGAGGGCAAGAAGUUUGGCCGACUCGCUCGUGCAAGCGAUGCGGAAACCCAUGCCUCACUCCGCGAGCGAGCGGAACGGUUUCUGAAUGAACAUCUUGCGCCGAUCCUCUCCGCUGCUGCUUCUGCUACGUCGUGCGCCACAGCGAGCUCAGAGGGAACAUCGGCAGGGGGAGGAAAAGAGGGAGAAGAACAUGAACCACAAGCGGUUUUCGUCGUCGCGCAUGGACUAAUCCUCGCGUCCUUCCUCCGGGUCUUGCUGAGCCCGGGGCUCUUCGUCCUACCAGCUGGGACUGCAGUCCCUGUCGAUGUCUCUCCCGCGUGGAGCAAUACGGGGUACACCCAGCUCGUUCUCAGCUCGGUAGCAUCGUCUGAGGGGGACGCAGAUAUGCCGCCUGACGGACCCGAGAGUAGCAGUCGUUGUCGUACCCGACCUCGCUGGUCGCGCCUACGCUUGGAUGUCGCCUGCGUGAACAACACCCACCACCUCGCUGGCCUGAAGAAGACGAGAGGCGGCAUAGGUAGCGCGCGCUUUGACGACAAGCAAAAGACCCUCACGUCCUUUUUUGGGCCUGCGUCGUCUUCGUCUUCGUCUAGGAAGAGGAAGGCAGUGGAUGAACUUGAGAAAUGGUAUGUCCAUCCCUGGAGCACGCAUGACGGCUCUUGUUCUUUUUUUUUCCCCCUUCCCUUCGAAGCAAUGGCCCGUCAUGAUGAGAGACCAAAAUUCACAGACCUGUACUGAACUACAAUGUGGAAACAACUUUGUUCAAUCACAGUCUGAUACGAGCAUAUCCCAUUUUCCCUGUCGGCAUGUUCAUUCGGCUUCUCAAAGUAACAAUCAUGGCUGACUUGGUGUAGACCAUAGGCAGAAAUAUCAAUUCUAGUCUAGGCAUCCAUAGACUGACUGGCUG